GUUUAGUGAUGUAUGUCGGAUGUCCGUAUUUUGUUAAAAAAUUCUUAUAAACGAGGUUUAUUACUAUCAGUAACUAUGAAAAUUCGACUGAAACCGCCGUGUUGUAAAUAUAAUUAACUAUGGCCAUUAGUAUACUUGACUGAAGAGUGUUAAAAACGUGUGUCAAAGAGGCGGUAGCUAGGUCAUCGUGUAUAUCAGAUUGGAAAGAGAAGAAAAGAGAAAUAGAAAAAUAUUUUAUGUAAAAUUAAAAAAAAAAAAAUUUAUAAAUAACAAGGUAAACCAAAAAGGACAAAAUUACAGAAACCACAAACGUUUUGAAGUAACAUGCAUAAAUCUGCGAGCAUAGAAAAUAACAUGGAAAUAACUCAUCAUGAAAUGCAGAUGGGCCAUGUCAAAAUAAAAAAAGAUAAUGUGACAAUAGAUACUGUAUCGCAAGACGUUGAGUCCCGUCUUACAUUGAAAACAGACAAUCUUAACGAGGAACGACAAGCAAAUGGCUUGCAUCAAGUAAACGGAGUUUUAGACUCGCCAAAAAAAUCCUCAGAACUAUCGAGCAUCGUGUCAGUACCCCAGGGUGUUGCGUCUAGUCAUAAAAGUCAACGUGACAAUGUGGAGGAAACAGCGUCCGUGGAAAGUAAAAACAGCGAUAUUAUGUAUGUUAGUUACACGAGUGAACUGCAAAUGCCAGAUAUUAUGAAAUUAAUUCAGAAAGACCUGAGCGAACCUUAUUCAAUAUAUACCUAUAGGUAUUUUAUACAUAAUUGGCCCAAACUGUGCUUUCUGGCUAUGCACGAAGAGGAGUGUGUUGGAGCAAUUGUUUGCAAGCUUGAUGUCCACAGAAAAGUGAUAAAGCGCGGAUACAUUGCAAUGCUUGCGGUAGAUGUGAAAUACCGUAAGCGUAAAAUUGGUUCCAAUCUUGUGAGACGAGCGAUUCAAGCAAUGGUAGCUGAUGACGCUGACGAAGUAGUUUUAGAAACGGAAAUAACCAAUCGACCAGCGCUUCGAUUGUACGAAAAUUUAGGUUUCGUUCGAGACAAACGAUUAUUUCGAUAUUAUUUAAACGGUGUAGAUGCCUUGCGAUUAAAGCUUUGGCUGAGAUGAAAUUCAACCGCUACUUUAUGCCUAUAGGAACUCAAAAUAACUGCAUAAUUGAAUCGAGCACACUUUGCAUGAUUCAAAUUGACGCUAAACGUCAACACCAGACAGGUUGACAAUUUCGUGUUGUAUUAUUUCUUGUUGAACAACCAUCAUAUUGUAAAAUUUAAUUACUUGAAUUUCGUAAUGCAUGUCUACACUAUAACAGAUAAUAAAAAUUCACUAUAAUCAUUACACAAUCUCAAAGAUUGGGCAAUGAAUUGGAAAAAUUGAAUUAAAUAACCAAUAGGCAAAAACCUCUCUGAUGUUAACGUUGUAUCAUAAUAUUACAGAUUGAAAGUUACAGUCUGACUUGACAAAAGAUAAAAAACAUGUCUAUAAAAUAAGACUGUGACAGUUGUAUUGAAACUAAUCUAUUGUAUUUAUAUUUUCUUGCGUCAAGAUAUAAUUGUUGGAAUUAAGCAUGCAACCAAAUAUCUGUUGUCAGUUGGAACUCGGAAGUGAAGAAAUAAAGGAAUAGGAAAAAUUUUUAAAGUUAAUAAUCACACGGUUAAAAACGAAGGUCCGAUAUUUAUAUAUUAUAUGAUAAAAUAUAAAAAUGACCGUUUAUGGAAUGAAAAUUUCAAAGUUAAGUGCGCAUUAAUUCUGCGAACAGACUGCACAGAUUGCUGUUUAUCAAUGAUACACACAGUUGUAUGAAAAAUUUCACAAAAACAUUGUAAUGUAACUAUUUAAACAGAUACAGAAGGAGAAAUGAAAGGGAAGACAUGAAAAAAUGUAAAAAAUGUUAAUAAAAAUGCGUAAAUGUUUUUACAUACGUAUACGCUUGCUUUAUAAUCUGCCAAGGUAUUAAAUACAAUUAUCUGUUGUUUAUCUGGCAUCAACAACCAAUUUCAAAUAUAAUUGCUCAGUGGUUUCAUUCUGUUUGUCUUCAGAUAUCAAAUGUAAGACCGUGACUAUUAUUUGUAAAAUAGAAAUUUCAUUUUUAACCUUCCGUACAGUCAAGUGUAUAACUUUUCAUGAGUCACAAGUGGUAAGUUGCUCCUCUAAUAAUUUCCUUAAUCAUAGAUCGUGAAUUACAUACAACUCUAUGACAGAUAAUUUAUUGAUAACUUAUUAAUACAUACAUAGUCUUCUAGGUUCCAUGCAUAGUCCCAUGAUUUGGGUGUGUUCAAUUAAAUUGCGCGUGUUCUAUCACACGUUAAUAAGGAGGUUACUUAGCAACAAUUAGCAUAGAUUUUCACUUGAUUUCAAUGAUUUCACAAUAAAAAGU